AUGGCUGACUUCAAUUCCCUUUGUGAGAAAUAUUUUGGAUGUUGUGAUUUCUAUGAAAUUUUGAAAGUAGAUCGCAAUGCGUCCGAAAAAGAGAUAAAAAAAGCCUACUACAGGUUGUCACUGCUGUUUCAUCCUGAUAGAGUGGAUGAUGACCACAAAGAGAUUGCUACAGAGAAAUUUAAGGCCCUAGGAAAGAUCCACUCUAUCCUGCAGAAUCCAGACAAGCGCAAUCUGUAUAAUGAAAGUGGACAAUUUGAUGAUGAAAUGGACACUUCCUUCAAUUGUAUGGACUAUUGGAGAAACAUGUUCAAGAAAAUUGAGAUAAAGGACAUACAAAAGUAUGAACGAGAGUACAUUGGCUCAGACACUGAACUCAGAGACAUAAAGAGAGCAUAUGUUGGUGGAAAAGGUAAUAUGGAUGUCAUCUUGGAGAUGGUACCAUUCUCUAAUUGUGAUAGUGAGCCUAGAAUAAUAGAUAUAGUGCAAAAAAUGGUUGACAAUGAGGAAGUGGAAUAUUACAAAACAUUCUUUAAUGAGAGUAAGGCAAAGAAAAUGAGGAGACACAGAAAGUAUGAGAAAGAAAAGAAAUUAUCAGAACAAAUUGACAUGGAAGAACUUGAUAAGCAAAUUGAAGCAAACAUGCAAAAAAGAGUGGCUGAGUUUGAUACAUUUAUUAGUGAUUUGGAAGCAAGAUAUGCUCCUAAAACUAAGAAGAAGAGGCUUAGUAUUACUGAUACAAAGAAGAAAAACAAAAAGUCCAAGUGAAGUGUUAAAUAUAUUAUAGUGAUUCUGUGUACAACUUUGGUUCCUUUUUAUUAACUGAUGGAUAAAAUGUAUUUGAAGUUUUGAGAAGUCCACAAAAACCGGACAGCAGAACUCAAUAAAAUGUCUUGUGACAUGGUGGCAAUUUUUGUUCUUCAU